GGCGCAAGACACUACCGUGUCUUCUAAUAAGUCUGCGGCUAAAGUUACGAAUGAACGUUUAGUAAUCAAGCCAUUAAAUAAACAGCAAUGCAAAGAUACGACUCAGCAAUUAAAGAGUAAUAUUGAUAUCGGUAAACUUGUUAUUGGUGUUAAUAAAAUUAUAAAUCGUAACGACGGUAAAAUUAUAGUGGAUUUGGAAAAAGAAACGGAUUAGAUUAUAUUGACUAAUGAAAUUCAUGACAAAUUAGGUGGAUCUGUACAGGUUACAUCUGUUAUUAAAAAAUUACUCAAGUUGAAAGUGGUUGGUUUAGAUUUAAACUUGAUAAAGAUGGAUGAAAAAGUGUUUUUAAAUAAUUUGACAAAACAAAACAAUUUAUCUAACUUAAAAGGUUACAAAGACACGAAAAUAAUUAAGAAGUACAUAAAAAAUAAUAAUAGUGGUUCUGUUAUUUUAGAGUUUAAUCCUGAAAUUCAUAAAUUUAUUCUAGAAAAUACGACCGUUAAACUUGGUUGGACAAAUUAUAAAGUUUUUAAUUAUAUUGAUGUAGCAAGAUGUUUUAAAUGUUGGGGUUACCACCAUAAAGCCAUUAAGUGUAAAAAAGAAGUUGCAUGUAGAAAAUGUGCCGGUCAACACAAAGAAAGUGAAUGUACAACUGGCAUUAAAAAGUGUAUAAACUGUGUAAGAUGAGCGAAUAAAUUCAAAUUGUUAAAUUGGGAAACUAAUCAUGAAGCUACUGCUGUAAGCUAUGGUUUUUAUGAAAAAAUUGUAAAUAAUGAACGGAAAAAUAUAAUUACUUGUCAAAAAUAGCAACGAAAAAAAUCAUCUUUACAUAUAGUUGCACUAAAUAUAAAUGGUUCGAUAAGAAAUAAAGAUUUGUUUAUAAAGUGGAUUGAAAUUGCUAAGCCAGAUAUUAUUUGCUUAAAUGAAACUCAUGUAAGUGAUGAUGUUCAGGAUCAUGAAAUAAAAAUCGAUAACUACAACAUUAUUCGCACAAAUACGUGUAAUAAUAGAACAGGCGGUGUGAUAAGCUUCAUAAAAAAAAAUAUCAAAUUUAAUGUUUUGUUAAGUACUGUAGAUAUUAGUGAUAGAACUUGGACUAAUGCAUUCCAAUUGAAUACUAAAGAUAAAAUAACAAUAUGCAACAUAUAUAGGUCACCUAACAGUAAUAUUAGUAAAUUUUGUUCAAAUGUCAUGAUUUUAAUUGAUAAUCUCAUCGAUCUAGGUAAUGCAAUAGUAGUUGGGGAUUUCAAUAUAAAUGUAAAAAAAAAAAUAAUUAUUAUGCAAAAGAAAUUCUAGAUAAUUUUGCAUCCCAUGGAUUUAAACAAAUGAUAAACACACCAACUAGAUCUACGUUAAAUUCAGAUACUAUAAUAGAUUUAGUUUUUUCUAAUUUUAAGUUUGACACAAAAGUACUAAAAACACCAAAAAUUUCAGACCACAAUAUUAUUGAAAUUAAAAUUAAAAAUAAAACUAACGAAAAUCUGAAACCUUUUGUAAUACAAAUCAGAGAUUAUAAAAAUUUUAACAGUAACUUUUUUCAAAAAACGUUAAAACAUAAAAUGACUUAUAGUUUAGGAAAUAUAUGUGAAACUAUAAAUACAGUGAAUGAAAAUAAUUUUGACGAUUUCAUUAAUAAAAUAAUUGAAAAUAUUUAUAACGCGAUCGAAGAGGCUGCACCGUUAAUUAGAAAAACUAUUUAUCUAAAUUGGAAUAGCAAACCUUGGGUAAAUAAUAAUAUUCUUAAUAAAAUGAAAACAAGAGAUGAAGCUUUUUAUAUAGCUAAAAGAUCAAGAUGUAAAAAUGAUGUUAAUUAUUAUGAACAAUUAAGAAACGAAUUAGUAAAUGAAAUUAGAAUAAGUAAAAAACUAUUUUAUGAAAAGAAAAUUGAUAGCAACAAAAAAAAUUCAAGAUUAAUGUGGUCCGAAAUAAAAAAAUUAAUGGGUGAUAAAAAAGCAAAGUCAGUAAUGCCAGAUAAUAUUAAAGUAAAGAACGAAAUAAUUUCAAAUAAAACUGAUAUUGCCGAUAAAUUUAAUACGUAUUUUGUAGAUAGUAUACGCAAAAUUAUAAAAGAGUGUAAUGAUAUUAAAGAAGGUAUUUCUGCAUCAAAAAACAUUGAUGCUUCUAGUACAAAUAUUGUAAAUAUUUUAAAUAAUCGUACUUCUAUUGUAAAUGAUGUGAAUAAUAGUAUGUCUUCUAAUGUAAAUAUUAUAAAUGAUAGGGUUGAAUCUAAUGUAAAUAUUGUAAAUGAGAAUUUAAUUGACUCUGAUGUAAACAUUUUAAAUUUAAAUGAUGACUGUAAUCUUGCGGGAUUGGAUAAAUUUGACGUUGUUUCGUACGCCGAAGUAAAUUCAAUAAUCUGCAACUUGGAUGAUAACAAGGGUUCAAAGAAUAAAAUUAAUGUAGGAAUAAUAAAAAUUAUGUGGAAAUCGGAGUAUAAAAUAAUAUUAAGUGUACUAAAUCUUUCUCUGAAGCUUGGAGUUAUUCCCAAUUCAUGGAAAUUAUCAACUAUUAUUCCACUACAAAAAAUAAAAAAUAUUAACAAUAUUGAGGAUUUUCGGCCGAUCAAUACGUUACCCAUUUUCGAACAAGUAUUGGAACAAGUUGUAAAAACAAGACUUGAAAAAUAUAUUAAUGAAAACGAUAUCCUAGACGACGAACAAUUUGGGUUCCGAAAGUGUUUCUCAUGUGAAACAGCUAUUCAAAGCUCUCUUGCUGAUUGGUGUAAAAGUUUGGAUAAUGGUACAACAUUGGAGUGGUUUAAAUCGUAUUUGAGUAGCAGAAGACAAAGAGUAAAAGUAAACGAUAUUUUUUCUAAUGAAAUUAAAACUGACAAUGGAGUGCCGCAAGGAUCCAAGCUUGGACCUCUUUUAUUUUUAUUAUAUGUAAAUGAUAUGAUCAAAAUGAUAAAGAAAUUGGGUAUUUCUUGCAGGCUGUUCGCAGAUGAUACUAAAAUUUAUAUCGCAAGCACAAAUUUAAAAGAAAUUGAAACUAAAUUAAAUCUGGGCUUAGUGGCUUUGGCUAAAUGGUUACAAGAUAAUCAAAUAAAAUUAAUUAAAAAAAAACUGUCUUUAUGUUGAUACGUGACCGAAGGAGAAAGAACGUUAUAGGCUGCUGUGAUAUUGAGUUAUAUAAUACUAAAAUUUUGGAAGUUCAACAAACUAAGUACUUAGGUAUUGUCCUUGCUAAUAAUCUUACUUUUAGAAAUAAUAGGACAGAAGUAUCAAAUAAAAUAGCUAAAAAAUUAAAUGUAAUAUGUCGUCUAGGAAAGUCAGUAAGCUGUUACGCUAAAAACUUAAUUUAUAAAACUAUAAUUGCCCCUCACAUAGAUUAUGCCAGCAGUAUAAUGCUCAAUUACGAUCGAAAUGAUAUUAUUAAGCUACAAAAAAUUCAGAACCGAGGUAUGAGACUUGUUUUGGAGGUAAAUAAGUACACAAGAGUGGAAAUCAUGCUGGAAUCACUAUGAUGGAUGAAUAUAGAACAAAGAAUGAUCUUUAACUGUUGUAUUUUAAUUCAUAAAAUAAUACUGAAUAAAAAACCAAGAUUACUAGCAAAUGAUAUAUUGAAGAUUAAUGAAAAACAUCAGUAUAAUACAAGAAGUGGUACACUAAUAUCUAUAAACCACACUAAAACACAUACAGCUGAAAAAUGCAUAACGUUCAAAGGAUAUAAUUGGUACAAUAAACUCCCAGAAAAUAUGAAAAAAGAGAAUAGACUGAAUGUUUUUAGAAGGUUGUUAAAAGGAUAUGUUAAAGAAAAAAAUGUUAUUUAAUUUAAAAUAAUAUUUCAUGUACAAUA